CCCCGAUGACGUCCUUUGGCGAGCUGCUCCAGCUCGCGGGCACGUCGGACCCGGCCGAGCUCUUUGGCCGCGCGUGGCGCCUCUGGGGCUCCGUUCAGCGCUCGAUCGAGCCGGCAGCGGCCGAGGGCGAGCUGCGCUCGGCGCAGGCGCUGAUGAGCAUCCUGGUCGACGCGGGCGCGCUCUCCGAGCGCCAGCUCUCCCAGGCGGAGCUCUGUCGUUCCUCCGUCUCCGCGCUCCUCGCCACGCUCGAAAGCCCCGGCGCCGCCCGAGCCGGCGCUCAGCCAGUCGCAGCUGCGGCUGCGGAGAGCGAGACGCCGAGCUCCGAUCUGGGCGCCGCGCACGCGGCCCCGCACGCGGGCCGCCGGCACGCGCCGCGGCCCGACGCGCUGCCGGCGCCCUCCAUGCUGCUCGGGAGCGGCCUGCUUGCCGCAAGGCCCUCCCGCGGUUUGGCGGCGGGCGGCGGCGGCGGCGGCGUGGCGGCGGCGGCGCGGCCGACGCUGACGACCGCCGCGGCUCGCGAGUGCGCCGGAGGCGCCGGCGGAGAGGCGCCGCCGCGGCGGCGGCAGAUGGUCGGGGAGUGGCUGUACGCUGCUCUGUCCGCGAUCCCGGAGGUCUCCGACGUUGGCAAAGUCACAGGUAUGAUGCUCGACUUCCCGAUCGAGCAGCUGCUGCCGCUGCUCGCCGACCCCUCGCAGCUGAAGCCGGUCGCCCACCAGGCUAUGGAGGCGCUCAAGGCCGCGCCGCAGCCGCAGCCGCCGCCGCCGCAGCCGCAGCCGCCGCCGCCGCAGCCGCAGCCGCCGCCGCCGCCGCCGCCGGGAGCCCCGCCACCGCAAGCGACACCGCAGCAGCCAGCGCAGCCGGUGCCGGCGGCGGCGGCGGCGGCGCCUGUGCCGGCGCGGCCAAAGCCCGCGCCCAAGAUCCCGCCGCCGAACGCCAAGACGAAGCUGUGCAAGUACUGGGUCCAGCGCGGCCUGUGCAUGCAGGGCGCGCGAUGCACGUUUGCGCACGGCGUGGCGGACCUCGAGCAGUCGAAGCAGCAGCAGGUUGUGGCGAGGGUCGAGUCUGGGAUGAUCAAGAAGGGGGCGCCGCCGAGCUCGCUCGGCUUCAUGCCGCUGCAGGCCAUGCCGCGCAGGAAGGCGCCCGCCAAGACCAAGCUGGCCGAGCUGAAAGCCACGCCCGCGGCGGUGCCGCCCGCAGCAGAGGCCCCGCCGCCGCCCGCUCCCGCGCCGCUCGCGCCGCCGUUUGCCGUCGCGGACCAGCUGGCGGAGAUGGAGCCGGCGGACCCUCCAGACACCACCCCCGCCCCGAACGGCGUGGCGGCGGCCACGCCCCCGGGGGGCGAGGCGGCCGAGGCGGCCGAGGCGGCCGAGGCGGCCGAGGCGGCCGAGGCGGCCGAGGCGGCCGAGGCGGCCGAGGCGGCCGAGGCGGCGGCGGCCGAGGUUGCCGCGGCUGAGGUGGCGGCGGUCGAGGCGGGGAUUGCCGCGGUGGCGGUCGGGGCGGCGGCGGAGGCGGCGGAGGCGGAGGAGGCGGUCGCGGCGGAGGGGGAGCAAACCCCGGCGGUGGGGGCGGCCCCGGUGGGGGAGCCAGCGGCGGAGGAGCCAGCUGUGGGGGGGGCGCCGCGUCGACUAAGCUUGGCCGACCUCGAGUCGAUUCAAUCCGACGCGAUGGCGGACGACGUCCCGAUCGACCUCGAGCGCAUGUCUGGCUGGACGGCCGAGCAGGCGACGACCUUCUUCGAAUCGGGCGGCACGGAGGUGCCAUGACGGGCAGUGGGGAGAGGGCGGGAAGGAGACGGCCUCGGGCCUCGGCGGGCGGGGUUGCGAGAUCCUCGCGCAAUGCCAAUGGGGGGCUGGCGAGUGGCGUGGAGUCGCGCGCUCUCCGUAGAGAAGCGGAACACUUCAGAGUGUGCCGUGUGGGAGCUGGGAGGCUUUGAGACGAGGUACGGCGUGUGGGGAGUGAGAGCGAUGUAGACUCGUCACAAUAUGAGCGUCUCAUAAUAUCAGUAAUCAGCC